CCAUCUCCCAUCGCAGAAUGGAUGAAGAAUACGAUGUGAUAGUGCUGGGCACCGGGCUGACAGAAUGUAUCUUAUCUGGGAUCAUGUCAGUUAAUGGAAAGAAGGUUCUACAUAUGGACAGUAAUUCAUAUUAUGGAGAAGAAAGUUCGUCUAUCACCCCUCUGGAAGAGCUGUAUAAAAGAUUUGAUAUUCCUGAUGGACCUCCAGAAAGCAUCGGGAGGGGGCGUGACUGGAAUGUGGAUCUGAUCCCAAAAUUUCUAAUGGCUAAUGGCCAGCUGGUGAAGAUGCUGCUUUACACAGAAGUCACUCGAUACUUGGACUUCAAGGUGGUGGAAGGAAGCUUUGUGUACAAAGCAGGAAAGAUCUACAAGGUGCCAUCCACUGAGACUGAGGCAUUGGCGUCAAAUCUCAUGGGCAUGUUUGAAAAACGACGUUUUCACAAGUUCCUAGUUUUUGUGGCAAAUUUUGAUGAAAAUGACCCCAAAACAUUUGAAGGAGUUGAUCCGAAGAGCACCAGUAUGAGGGAUGUGUACAAGAAGUUUGACUUGGGUCAGGACAACAUUGACUUCACCGGUCAUGCUCUGGCACUGUAUAGGACUGAUGAUUAUUUGGACCAGCCCUGCCUGGAAACCAUCAGCCGCAUCAAGCUCUACAGCGAGUCACUUGCAAGAUAUGGGAAGAGCCCUUACUUGUACCCUCUAUAUGGACUUGGAGAGUUGCCGCAGGGCUUUGCAAGGUUAAGUGCAAUUUAUGGAGGAACGUACAUGUUAAACAAAUCUGUGGAUGAGAUUGUAAUGGAGAAAGGAAAAGUUGUUGGUGUUACAUCAGAAGGAGAGGUAGCUCGAUGUAAGCAGCUGAUUUGUGAUCCCAGCUAUAUCCCAGAUCGCGUGCGAAAGGCAGGUCAAGUUAUACGUCUCAUUUGCAUCUUAAACCACCCCAUUAAGAAUACCAAUGAUGCCAUCAUCAUACCACAGAAUCAGGUCAACAGGAAAUCAGAUAUCUAUGUGUGUAUGAUCUCAUAUGCACACAAUGUUGCUGCUCAGGGCAAGUACAUUGCUAUUGUCAGCACCACAGUGGAGACAACUGAGCCAGAGAAAGAGUUUGAACCAGCGCUGGAGCUACUGGAGCCCAUUGAGCAGAAAUUUGUGGCAAUCAGUGACUUUUAUGAGCCAAUUGAUGAUGGACAGGAGAGCCAGGUGUUCUGCUCACGGGCCUAUGAUGUUACAACGCAUUUCGAGACAACCUGCAAUGACAUCAAAGACAUCUACAAGAGAAUGACUGGAACAGACUUUGACUUUGAAAACAUGAAGCACAAACAGAAUGAUGUUUUUGGGGAAGAUGAGCAGUGAGGGAUUAUGUAUGGGGGGCGGGUUAGAAUUAAUGACUGGAAGCAGGGGUUCCUGCGAAAAUGUAAUGCUUCCAUUCUCCUUUUUUCUCCAUAAUUCCAGUUUAAAUUUUUUAAAACUUGGAGUUUUAGAGUAUGGAUUUUUGUUGACGCCCCAACAUACUGUUGACCAGGUGUCCAGUGAUGAUGUAGACAAA